AUGCUUGCUCUAUUGUACAUGCUUCUGAGCCUUUUGGAGGCCAGCAAAAUAGAAGGCAGCAGGCUGGGAAUGAACGAAAACGCAAAAACCAGCGCAGGCAUCCCAAAGACAUCGACAAAAGUGCUGCUGUUAGACAUGGAUGCAAAUUUUUGCAUUUAUUUAAAUCAUGCUGCUCCCUCAAGAGUGUGUGCUGCCAUAAUUACAGCUGUAAUGAAAGAGAACCCAAUAAACAUUGAAAGAAUUUUCUUCGCGGUUUUUUUCCGCGUGAGCUUUCCCGAGGAGGUUUCAAACUCGUUUCCGACCAUUUCCACGAAUCCUAUGUAG